CAAGGUCAGUCAGGUGGUACAAUACUCCCCUGUUCCAAAUAACAAAAGUGUUGUGAGACUUUGACCAAAAGAUGGCUGAAAAUUGACCCGAGGAGGGCGAGAUCAGCACGCGAAACAUGUCGAGCCCUUUACCUGCCGUGAAUCCCACCAAGAGGCAACAGAAUAUUCUUAAAAAAACGAUCCAAGGUUUAAAAGAAUGUAUCCUGGAGCUGAAGAGUGACUUUCAGGACACGGGCUGUCCCAUCACAGAUGACUGUCAGACACUGCACAGGUUCUGUGCCAAGCUGGAGUACCUGCUGCAGGCUGAGCAGAAAGCCAAGACCACUCUCCUAGGAGGAAAGAAGGACUAUUGGAACUACUUCUGUGAUUGUCUGGGAUCAACCAAGGGUCUCAAUGAUGGCAUCAAGUUUGUGAAAUCACUCUCUGAGUUGAAGACCAAUUUAGGCAAGGGGCGUGGGUUUAUUAGGUUUGCUUUGGUACAUCAAAGACUGGCAGACUCCAUACAGCAGUGUGCUAUGAAUGGGAAGGUCACCAGUGACUGGUACUACGCAGGCUCAGUCUGGCUAAUGCAUGAAUACUCUAUGGAGGUGAUAGCCAGCAUGUAUGACCUCAAUGAAGUGCAGUUUGACCUUGCUCCCCAUGGAUACGACCUUGAUGCAACGUGGCCGACAUUUGCCAAGAAGACGUUUGGCUCGCCCAAGGGGUGGAACCCCCCUAGUAGAACCUCUAGUAUGAACAGCCUCCUCAGCAUACCCAAUGAGUCUCCCGGAGUGGUAGUAAAACUGAGUGAAGAAAUUCCAGAAUUAGAGAUAGAUACCACUAACUGGGGUGGAUGGCAAGAGCAGGAAACCCCAAAAAGUGAGGGUCCACCCUUACUGACACCAUCAGAAUCAGAGGUAGAGCAGCUGCAGCUUGACCUGGAUCGCGCAGCGACAAUGAGGACUGAUUUGUUGCUAAAAAUAGAAGAGAUGGAAGGAGUGAAGGAGAAAUUAACCAAAACUGUAGAAGACAAGGAGGGGAAGAUGGAGGAGCUGAGGGAGGCAUGCGGGGCACUGGAAGUCAGGUGUGAGAAGCUGUCCAAUGAGCUGCAGCUGAAGCAGGAGACAUGGCAUGAAAAAGAAGAGAACUUGAAACAAAGGAUACUUGAGCUGGAGACGUCUGUCUCAGAAAACAGUGAAAGUGGCAGACAACACAAGAAAGAGGCAGAUUCUCUAGUUCAGAAACUAAAGGAACAGGAAACCGAACAAUUUACAAAAAUCCAGGAACUUGAAAAAACAAAUUCUGAUCUUCAAUUAAAAUUAAAAGGCCUUGCCCAAGAUCUUCAAAGCAAGGAAAGUGAAAAUCAAAAGCAAACUGAAACUGUAAAAAGUCUGGAAGUGAAAGUGACAACUUUAGGGGAAAAUAACAUGAGUUUAAUGAAAAGAGUAGAGGAGUUGAUCCAUUUCAAGGACAAUAAUGCUUCCAAUCAGCUGGAGUCUGCUAAGCAUGUUCAGGAGUUGGUGGAAAAAUUGACGGUGUCUGAGCAGACAACAUCUGACCUGAAAUCAACAGUCAGCGAUCUGUUGCAAAAGACAAAAAUCUUGGAAGAGGAAAAGGAGAGAGAGGCACAAAAAUUCAAUGAAAAAUUACAAAGUUUGGAAGCUGAGAACAGGGAAUUGCAGAGAGACUGCGAAACCCAGUUUGAGAAAUUACAGUCAAAAGAUUCCAGUCUGAAAGAAAUAGUUCAGAGUGCAAUGGAGAAGGAGGAUAUGGGGAAAGAAAUGCUGCAGGCAGCUCAGAAAGAAAACUGUGAUCUUGGCAAACAGAUAGAGAACUUGAAGGAACUUGUCAGUGAAAAAGAUUCUGUGGCAACAAGACUUCAGACAGAUGUUGGUCACCUUAAAGAAGAAAUCAAGAAGGCUGAGGAUAAAAGAUUGCAAGAUUUGAAGGAAUUACAGAAGGAGAUUACAUUUUCCUUGGAGCAAAGAGAUGAAGAAAAGGAAAAGGCAGAAAAUCUUUUGUCUCAGCUUGAAGCCAUGAAAUUGAGCACAGAAAAGCAGCAGAAAGAAUUCCAAGAAGCACUCUCAGCAAAGGAAAGCGAAUUAGUUAAUAUGAAAGCUGACUUAUCCAAUCAGAAGGCAUCUUUGGAACUACAGGUGACUGAGCUAAGAACGGCUGCCGAAGAGAAAGAAAAAGACAAAGAGCAGAUUAAGAUUGACUAUCAAAAACUUCUUGAUGAUGCAGAAAGUCAUAAAUUAAGCCUGGAAGCACAAGUUUCUCAAAUGGAAAGUGAGUUGAAAAUGGCAAAAUCUACCCUGGCAGAUACAGAAGGCAGACUUCAGAUUGAGACAGAAAGCAAAGUGAACUUGGAACGCAGAGUCCAGGAGAUCUUGGACGUUAGUCAGGAAGAAUCUUCGAACGCAUCUCAGAUCCGCUAUUUGUUGUCCGAGAGAGAAGAGGAAGUGCGGAUGUUGACCUCCGACCUGUCUACUAUUGGUCAACUGGUCAGCAAAAUGGAGGACACUGCUGCCAACUUAACUGAUGAGGAAAAGGAGGAUGGGAGGGAGACAUCGGCUAUUUUUAGACAAAUAAAAGAAAAAAUUCAAGUGCAAAAGAAAAACAGGUGUGAAUUACAAACUCAGAUGGAAAUGCUGCAAACUGACAAAUCUGACCUAGAAAUCCAGGUGAGCACUUUAAAUGAAAAGAAUUCCCAAACUGAACAAGAAAACAAGAUGCUUCAGUUACAACUGGCAGAUUUGCAGACACAGUUCAGUAAGUUACAGACGACAGAAGCUGACACAGCUUCCCAACUUGAAAAAGCCACUAGUGCUCUUCAGCUAAAGAAGGAACAAAUGGCAAAACACCAGUCUGACUUGGAUAGCGCUAAAGAAAACAUCGAACACCUUACGGCUCAGCUAGGCAAUGUGGAAAACAUUCUGGAAGGAAAAGAAAAAACACUCUCAGAUCUUAUAAUAGAGAAACAAAUGCUGUCAGACAAUUUUCAGAAAGUCACCUUGGAUCUCCAGAACUCUGAAGAAGGAAUGUCGGAAUUACGAGUCAGAAUCACAAGUUUAGAGGAUGAGUUGUCCAACGCUACAGACCAGAUCAACACCCUGGCCACCCUGAAGGAGGAUCUCACCGAUAAACACUCCAAGCUGCAAGAAGCUGUCGCCAAACUUUCCCAGGACAAAGGCAGAUUAUUGGAAGAGAAGCAUGAUCUGGAGACAGAUUUGGAAACCUCGAAAAAUGAGAAAGAUUCAUUGUUAAAAGAUCUGGAAGAGAUGAGGGGGCAGCUAAAGAAUGCUUUGGAGGUCACAGUUGCUGGUUUACAAACUGAGCUGAAAGAGGCGUCAACGCUGAGGGAAGAAAUAGAGGAUAAGUGUUCUACUAUGGCACGGGAGAUUGAAGAUUACAAGGAAAGGUUAAAAGAAUCAGUUGAGUUGAGUAAGAAAAUGAGGGAAGAGGAGCAGAGAAAGUUGGGAGCAAAGGACUUGAUCAUUGCAGAAUUGAAAGAAAAUAUGUCAGCUCAAAGUGCCAGUUUGGAUGCAAACAUGACUCAACUCGAUGCCCAUGCCUCCGAAAUCAAUGAUCUUAAAGCCUCGUCAGAACUGUCUCAGUCUCAGUUAGAAUCUGUGACCAAGGAAAGAGAUGUGUUGCGGUCAGAAAAGGAGUCCCUGAAAGAUGAACUGGAUACACUCAGUGCUGCAUUCAGCAAGGUGAAGUUCGAACAUCAAGUCGUAACAGAAGAUGUUGUUCAGUUAAAAAAACAAUUAGUAGAAACAGAGGCCCAGUUGAAAAUAGGGUUAGGCAAUGUCAAAGCAUUGGAAUCUACCAAAAACAGCCUGGAAGAAGAACUUGAACAGGUUCAAGGAGAACUUGAAGAAUUACAAAAAAGUUAUGACAUAGUUUUGACUGAAAAACAACAAAUUCAAGAAAAUCUUACCUUGACUGAGAGAGACAUACAGAGUCAGGUCAAUGAUUUGAUGGCCCUGAAAAAUCAAAAUGACGGAAAGUUACGGACAUUGAUGGAAGAACACGACAGGACGCAGCAGACUCUUCAGGCAAUGAAGGAAGAAAAGUUGGCCGUGGAGUCAAAAUUGGAGGAAUUCCAGACCAAGGAUUCAGAGAGUCAGGAGAGGGUUUUGAGCUUGUUGGCGGAAAGGGAACAGAUGUCGAAACAAGUGGAAGACUUACAGAGAGAACACCAGGAAAAUUCCGAGUCUGUUCUGAGCCAGAUGGAGGAGGCUAAAGCUGAGAUGCAGAAACAGUCGGAAGAUUUUCAGGACCACAUGACCAAGAUGGAAGAGGAGUGGCAGAACCAGAGGAAUGUUUUAGAGCAAGAAGUGUCUUCUUUGAAAUUCCAAAUGAGCGCAGAGCAACUGCAGUUUGAAACUGCCUUGAAAAGCUACUCCAGCCAGCAGAUGGACAUAGCCAAGAUGACAGAUCAGAUGUCAGAGCAGGAGACGCUGAUACAGACGCUGGAGAUGCACCUGCAGGACAUUAAGAAUGAGAGGGACCUGGAGAAGGAACAGAAUUGGAGAGAGUUAGAAGAGCUGAGACAAGGACUGUCAGAAAAAGGAGAGGAGUGUAAACUGAUGAGUGAUUCUUUGAGGAGGACCAAUUCUUUGCUGGAUGAGGAAAGGAACUUAGUGCUGAAAUUGAAGAAUGAAGCCCAGAAUGUGAAGAAGAGCAAAGAUGCUGUGAUAAAAGAAAAAGACAAAGAAAUCCAACAGUUAAACAUAGAUAUGGUGGAACUGAAGAAGAAGCUGAUUAAAUUGAUAAAGGAGAAAGACAACCUGUGGAAGAGGACAGACAAGCUGGAGUUCGAGCACAGAAUGAAAGCCUCGGAGAAGUGGAUGGAUGACAGCACGGUGGCGCACUGCCUGGGCUGCAAGUCUCAGUUUUCGCUGAUGCUAAGGAAACACCACUGUCGGCUGUGUGGGAGAAUCUUCUGCUGGAAGUGUAGUGAUAAUUGGCUGGAUACCCCUCACAGCAAGCAGAAGGCCAGGGUGUGCAAUGGCUGCUAUAUAGAGUACCAGGAGGUGAGGGACAAACAUCAGAACACCUCACUGAUAGAGGAAGAGAGUGACUCAGAGGUCGACCAGACGGAAGAUUUCAGGAAAAGCCGCAGCAGAGAGCUAGAUAAUGAAUCCCCCACUCCACAAGAAAGCCCUCCUGUAGGGGGAGCUGUACAAGAAAGUCCUCAGACAAAGUCUUGUAUAGAAAACGCAUCCAAUGUAAUAGAAGAGGGACCAGGCAAAGGAUCGUCUCCUUCACUGAAGGAAGAAGCAGCCAUGAUGUCUUCAGUACCAGAACCGGAAGCAAGUGGAGACAACCUCCGAAAAACGGUGACCUCUGCCCUGGGGAAUGGGGACAGGAAACACGAGACUGUCAACGAAAUAGAUGACACCAAAGAGACGGGAACUAAACAAAAUGGCCACCCCUCCCCUCCAAAGGCGACUGAAAUACCAUGUGCCACAGCUGUUCACCAUGAUGAAACUUUUGAAGAGAUUACAGAUGAAGAAAUUGCCAAAUCCUUGUCAGAAUCUGGAAAAUUUCUGCACAGCCAAGAGGGACUGACGAGCAGUUUCACGUUGUCCGCAGAGGAGAUAGAGAACGGUCAGGGACUGGUACCUGAUGACCUCUGGGUGAAAGCUGGACAGUCCUUUGCUGUGCCUGUCUUGAUUGAAGAGCCAGGAAUUAUCCUCUGCUGGGAGUUUACUACGGAUCCUAAGAACAUUCAUUUUGCCGUGACGUACAGGACCAGUGAGGAGACAGCCCCGGAGACUCUGAUCCCGACCACGAAGGUGAACUCGCAUAAGAAACCAGUCACUGGGGAGCUACAGGCACGCCAGGCGGGGCUGUAUACACUGAUCUUUGACAACACUGGGUCCAGGUUCACCUCAAAGAAAUUAAGCUACCACUUGGAGAUUAGAAGGGAUAGUUGAGAUUACUGAUGACCAUGUUGGGAGCAGGUGCCCUGUGAGGCAUGCCCCCCCCCCCAAGCUUGCGCAGUUUUCCCAUUUUAUCCCCUCAUCCAAAAAGAAAUUAGAGUAGAUCAAAACAUAUGGUGCAAUGUUUGCCUUCCCUGUGCCUAUGUGUAAUAGUCUCCCUUAACUGGCAUAUGUAUGCGAGGAUGCUAAGCCAAGUAUGGCAAAAAAAAGUUACUGUGCGCACCCCCCCCUCGCAUCAGAUAAUGGGAAAUCUCAGCUGUUUCAAGGGGCGAUAUGGAAAGACAAUGUUCCUUGAAUGCCCCCCCUCCCCUCCCCCCCCCAUCAUCCCUCUCCAUUAAGAAUUCCAUAGCUUACAGAUAUUAAAAAGCAAAUAGUUGUACUUACUCAUCUUUCGAUCUCAUAUUUUUAUAUAGCAGUGAAUAGGCCUUUAUUUAUAAUUUUUUUCUCUAACUGUGCCAUGUUGUUUUUUUUUUCUGAAAUGUUAUGUCCAAAUUUUAUCUCAGAAUUUUGGCUGAAAUCCUAUUAUCUGUGGUAAAAAGCAAGCUUAGGGUAAAUGUAUGGAUAUUUAUUACAGGCCAAUAUUGUGACUACCUCCAGUCCAUGUACAAUGUUUCUCAGCUUGCUGCUCUAUUCUGAUUAUGGUGGAAAUACUUCUCUAUAAACUGUUAUUCUUGUAGGUAGGAAAUAUGCUCAGUUGUCUGAACUUUAUCUUAUGGAAAUGUUAAAUAUUGGGUUGUGGAUAACUUAAUAUUAAAAAAUUUAGAUAUUUUGGGGGUAAAUUAAAAACCACUAAAUAAGUUAUUUACAAGGGCUUAUUCUGAAGAAAGAUAAGCACCAUAAAAACUAAAAAAAAAAAUAUUAUAAAACAACGUUUAGAUUUGAUUCAGGACACAGAACUUUUACCCUUGUUUUAAUAUCAGUAUUUGUAUUUGAAAAUCCAGUGCACCUUAGUUUCCAUACAUAAUUUAAUAAGUGAACCAAUGACAAGUUUUUUUUUUCAUCUGGUCUGGUAAGUUACUGUACAAAUAAAAUAUUUAAAACAAUUUGGAUCCUAGAAACUUGAAAUUACUAGCUUGUUUUAAAAUACUGUAUGUUUAUGUGCCAGUCAGAUCACUUGGAGCAAUGGUGCCACUAUGCUUUUAUGUCAACUUGAUUUAUUAAUUUAUAUAAAUGUUUUAGGAUUCAUUUAUGAAGACUUAGUAAAAAUCAUUUAAAUUGACUUAAUAAUUAUAUUAUUAAAUAUGUUUUGUAUAGUUUAAUUUUAGCAUUUAAUUUAUCAACUUUGUGAUAUAAAAAGAACAUCUUCAGAAUAAAGCCUUUUUGGAAGGAGAAAUAUGACAUUUGUAGUAUCAAAUUUUAACUCGCAUCUAUGUUUCUAAUUAAAAAUAAAUUGUACAAAAAAUCAUGCUGCCAUCAUUAUAAUAAGUUCACUUCUAUCUCUGUCACAAAGUUACAUAAUUGUGUUGUACAAAUGUUAUUGCUUCAUGUUAAAUUAAUAAACUUGUUAUUUUUAA